AUGGACGUCCUUCUGAUUCUCUCUUUCUUCUCACACCGACACGAGAAGCGAGUCAUGGCUGCCCCCAAGGUUGUUGACCGCGACCGUCUCAACACGGACUUGCUCUACCGCGUCGCCUACGACCGCGACUUCAUCGAGUUCACGAAGGACGACGAGGACGUCCUGCAUGCGGCGGCUCCACUUAUCCUGCCAGUCACGAUGGAUAUCGUUGACGGUGUCUACGAACACCUCUUCCUCUUCUCCAACACCAAAUCCGUCUUCCUCGCGCGUGAAGAAGGGUUCGAAGGCGACCUCGCGAGCAGGAUGGAGGACUUGACGCUCGAGCAUCCGCAGAUGAAGCUGCGGAAGAAGUUCCUCACGAUGUGGCUGGCCAAGAUCAUGACCGCCGACUUCUCCUCUCCUGCCUUCUGGGAAUACCUCGACGCCGUGGGCUUGAUGCACACCGGCCGUCCCGCGUUCAAGCACCGUCUGAACAAAGACCCUCUCGUCGUCGACCUUCAGCAACUCACCCUCACACUCGCCUGGAUCAACGACACGGUGACGAGUAUCGUGAUGCAGAUGCCGAGGGAGGACUUGUCAAGUAAGAGGAAGAUGAGGAUCUUGAGGGCGUUUGGGAAGAUCGUGUGGUUUCAGCAGGAUCUGUUUCAGCGGCACUUUGUGCGGAGUGACGAGGAGGCGAGGGCGAAUUUGGAGAAGUGGCGGGCGCGGGAGGAGGGGGGGAGGGCGGAGCAGGAGAAGGAGAAGGAGAAGGUGUAG